GGGUAAGUCAGCUUACAUGUAAGACCUAUUAGUUACAUGGAGUGAUCCCACAACCUAUCAGCCCGUCUUAGCGGCGGCACUUCUCUAUAAUCUGGAUCUUGUGCGCAAUUGGAUUCGUUUAUUUCCUUACUGUGGACUAAUAUAUCUCUCUUUUUCUAUUCGAAAGUCAGCUCACCGACAAAUACAACAAAGUGUUCCUCUCCAAGACCACGGUAUUGGUAUUGCAACGAUGGCGUUAGAAGUGCCAGCAGGAACACCCGACCGCGGCCCGGGGCUGGUGGUAAUGUGCGCGCUUUUGAUAGUUCUAACAUCUAUCUCAGCGGUUACACGAGUUCUCUCAAAGGUGAUUGUGAAGCAACCCUGGUGGUGGGAUGACUUCUUCGCCCUUAUUUCGUUGCCUAUCCAACUCACUUUAUUCGGAAUCAUCUUAACGUGGAGAAACAUCGGGCUCGGGCUUCACGCCGACGUGGUGGCAGCGGAGAACCCGCUCUAUCUUAUACAAGGCGCAAAAUACCUUUACAUCGCCAUCUUCUUCUUCGAUGCUUCGAUAUCAUUCCCGAAACUGUCGGCUAUCUGCUUUUACGCGCGUGUCUUUCGCUCGAACAAUAGGCACUUCAGAAACCACCUCUGGGUAGUUGGCUCCCUCGUUGUGGGUUGGCUAACGGCGUCUCUGAUUUCCACUAUUUUCCAGUGCUCUCCAAUUGAGAAGGCUUGGAAUUCACCACUACCAGGAACGUGUAUACACACAUUUGCCUGGUAUUUAAGCACGUCAGCGCUCUCCGUAUCGAUCGACUUAUACAUACUGCUACUCCCGGUACCUAUGAUUUGGGCGUUGAAGUUGAGCUUGCGACGCCGUGUUUAUUUGUUGGCCGCCUUCUUCCUAGCCUACUCCGUCAUCGUUCUCUCGAUCGGCCGCAUGAUCUCGACUAUUGGCCUCAUUCCUAAUCUUGAAGCGGAUAUAACUUGGAAUCUACCUGCCUACUUGUACUGGGCAUGCAUCGAAGGUGCUCUUUCGCUGAUUAGCGUCAGCGUGCCCAACAUGGUCGGGCUUGUUAAGGCACUAAUGGGUCCGCGAUGGCCGGGAACCAAUCCCAAGAGUAGCAAUAAACACACGGACCCAGAAUCUUUGAAUUACAAUGCCUCGGCAGGCGUUCACGCAAGUCAGUCUUUCGGAGGGGACCAUGAUGGCUUCGAGCGACUCGUCAGUAGCACGGGAUCAAUCGCUUCGGGAAUAAACGACCACGAUGGAAAAGGAGCGGCGAUAGCGUUAGAUAGGAUUCACGUAAAGACGCAGAUCACUGUUGAUAGAAGGUAAUACCAAGACCUGGGAGGGAUCAGCGCAAAACCUAGUACCUAGUAGUGUACCCCCAAGUUCAACUG